AUGGAUUGCACCUUGAUCUUGGAAUGUUUUGCUGGAACUUUACAAGUUGAUCUUAACUUAAGAAACCAGGCGGAAUCAAAAUUAAAAGAAUUAUCCGUUUCUCCUGGAUUUUUAGGUGCUUGUUUAGAUGUUAUUGAUUUAUCAUCAUCGCCAGUGCAAGCUAAAAAGGCGGCAGCAGUAUAUUUUAAGAAUAGAGUAAUUAGAUAUUGGAAUAUUAAAGAUAGUCAAUUUAAAAUUGAUCAAGAUGAAAAACCAAUUGUCAAAGAUAGAAUUUUACCUGUUAUUAUCAACGCUGAUUAUAACAUUAAGCAACAAUUAAUUCCUGCCUUAAGGUCGUUAAUUUUCUGGGAAUUUGAUAAUUGGAAUGGAUUGUUGGACCAAACAGGUCAAUUAUUGCAACAGGACAACCUGGAAGAUUAUCUUUAUACUGGUAUGCUCUGUUUUGCUGAGAUUACCAGAAAGUAUAAAUGGGUUAGCAAUGAAGAUAGAAAGAACAAAUUGUACCCAAUAAUUGAUCAAGCAUUUCCACAUUUAUUAUCUAUUGGUGGAGCUAUAAUCAACAAUGAAAUGACUGAAUUGAGAGCAGAGAUUUUAAAAUUGAUUUUAAAGCUGUACAAGUUUGUCACCUAUUUCGACUUACCUGAACCUUUACGCAAUAAGGAUGCUGUCAUCAGUUGGGGGCAAUUUCAUGGUUCAGUAAUAAAUAUGGCCCCACCAUCGUAUGUUUUAGGUACAAAUAUGCUGGAACAAGAAAAACUGUUUUUGCAGAUUUCCAAAUGUUAUAAAUGGGCUAUUGCCAAUAUUUAUCGAUUAUUUAUUCGUUAUGCAAGCUCAAAGAAUUUAACUAGAAAAUACGAUUACAAAUCGUUCCAUCAAUUAUUUUUGAAUGAUUUCAUUCCUCAUUUUAUAACUCAAUUUUUGACGAUUAUUGAAGAGUAUUGUCAAGGUAAAAAAUGGUUGAGUACUACUGCAUUAUAUCAAUUGUUGGAAUUUUUGAGUCACUGUAUUGUUGAGAAAUCCACUUGGUCAUAUAUUAAGCCUUAUUUUGAAACAUUAAUCACCCAUUUAGUAUACCCAAUAAUUUGUCCCGACGAUCAAACGUUGGAGAUUUAUGAAGAAGAUCCACAAGAAUACAUUAAUUUGAGUUUUGAUCAAACAAAUGAUUAUGAUAGUCCUGAAAAUGCCGCAUUGGGAUUUAUAGCAACUGCAUUAUACAAAAAACCAAAAACAACAUUGCCAUGUAUUUCCACUUUUAUUUAUCAACAAUUGACCGAAUUACAACAACAACCUGAAGAAACAUUAGAAGUUGCCAAGAAAAAGGAAGGGGCGUUGAGAAUUUUGGGAACUAUUUCUGGUAAUUUACCUAAAGAUGCGACUAUUGAACCAAUGUUGGCAUCAUUGGUGGUACCAUGUUUUGGUUCAAAAUUCGAAUUUUUACAAGCUAGAACUAUUGAAGUUGUAAGUCAAUUUAGUGAUGUUCCCUUUGAUAAUCAAGAAACUUUAAGCGCAAUUAUUCAUGGAAUUUUAAGAAACUUUGAUAAUUCAGAGGCAAGUUUGCCAGUACUUUUUGAAAGCGCUUUAUCGAUCCAAGCAUUUAUGGUGAACGAUGAAUUUAAACAAGUUUUAUCAAACAUUGUGUUGCCAACAAUGUCUAAAUUAUUAGAUUUAUCUAAUGAAAUUGAUAAUGAUGCCAUUUCAGUUGUUAUGCAAGAUUGUGUGGAGAAUUUUUCUGAACAAUUGCAACCAUUUGGAGUUGAUUUAAUGGGCAAAUUAGUACAACAAUUUUUGAAAUUAGCUCAUGAAAUUAAUGAGGCAUCACAAGUUGAUGUUGAUGAUUUCGAUGGAAAUUAUGAUGAUCAAGGAGACAAGACAAUGGCGGCAUUGGGAUUUAUAAAUACCAUGAUUACGGUGUUGUUGUCAUUUGAAAAUUCUCGUGAAAUUUGUAUCAAGUUGGAAGAACUCUUUUCUCAAGUGAUUAAUUAUGUGUUGGUUAAUAAUUUAGAUGAAUUUUUUGCGGAAGUUGGGGAAUUGAUGGAAAAUUCUACUUUCUUAUUAAGAACAGUGACACCAGUUAUGUGGGAAAAUUUCAAAUUAUUAUACAAGACGUUUGAAGACGGAACUGCAUUGAUGUAUUUUGAGGAAUUACUGGCUUGUUUGAAAAACUUUUUAAUUUAUGGUAAAGAAGAUUUGAAAAACAAUUCAGAAUUGAGUUCAUUAUUUUUCAAAAUAUUCCAAAUUGUUACUAAAGGCGCAAGUGAAGAUUUGGGUUAUGCUGAUUUGGUUGAAUCAUUUGAAUAUGCUCAAACAUUUAUUUUGAGUUUAGAAGAAGCUUCCAAUGGAUACAUUCCAUCAUUCCUCGAAUGUGUUUUAUCGAAUUAUCAAUCGGGUGAUAAAAAAUUGGUCAAGAGUACAUUUGUUGUCAAUAGCAACAACGUUAUAAUUGCAUCUGUGAUUUAUGACACAAAUAAUACUAUGGCAUUGUUGCAACAAUCACAAAUGUUGAUGCCAUUUUUGCAAAAAUGGUUUGAAAUUAUACCUCAUUUGGAAAGAGUUUAUGAUUUGAAAUUAUCAGUAUUGGCCUGUAUGAAUUUGAUAAGAUUAGAUUUGGAUCAACAAACUUUGGCCACUAUUUCCAAUAAUUUGGUUUCCAUGUUGAAGAAAUUACCUAAUGCUAUACAAACAUUGGAAAAAAAGAGAAAGAAUUUUGGGGAUUUAUCAGGAUCUAAUUAUCAAUUAGAAGGUGAGUGGCCUGAAGGUGGUGAAUUUGAAGAUGAAGAGUAUGAUGAGCAGGAUGAAGGAGAAGAAUAUUCUAACAUUGUUAAUUCUGUAGAUUUGAAUUUACACAAGACUGGUGGGUUUUUUGAUAUAAAAGAAGAUGAAGUUUAUGAAGAUCCAUUAAGUACCACUCCAUUGGAUGCAGUUAAUAUCUUUGCGGUUGUUAAACAGUUUAUUCAAGAAUUGCAAGUGAAUAAUAAUGAAAAGUUUAACUCUACUUUUGGACGGAUGAAUGAAGAUGAUCAAAAAAUCAUUCUUGAUAUUAUGAAUGUUUAA